GCGCGCGCGUGCACCCUAAUCCCCCGCCUUCCGGCUCCGGCGACGCUCGCUCCGGGCUGCCGCCGCGCCGCCCGUGUCCAUCUCCCUCCGGAGACUCCAUUUGCUCUCGGCGCUGCGCAGGCAGCGGGGAGCGAUGCCCCCUGCGCGAGGACUGGCGUCCCCUGGGCCAAGCAGCCGCUCGCUCGCCCGCUGGCUGCGGCGGUGACACCCGGUCGCCAGUGGCCACGGACGGACCCGGGCUCCCUCCGCGUGAGCAAAGACGUCCCGCGCUCGAGCUCGCCCCUGCGGAGAGACGCCCUCGCUUGCACCGCUGCACUCUGACCUCUUAAUUUCAGGAGGUUUCUGAGGCUCCGAAUACCUCUACAGCCCCCCACAAGAACUGCAGUACUUCUGUUGGCCCACCGAGGACCAUUCUUCACCGGGAUUAUUGUAUAACAUCACCACUGAGCCUUCCACCCCAUACCCUCUACCAUGAGUCCUGGUUUCCACCAACGAAGUUUUUGAUGGUUUCUGUAAUCAUGUGACACCACCUAUUGUCUACCCUUUUCCCUUUCUGGUUGUUAAAUACAUUAGGUAUAAGUUUGUGUCGUGUUAAUGUACAGUUUCCUGCCUAUCCACCUUUGCCUUAUUUGCACUGCUCACUUCUGUCCAGCCUGCCUUCCCUUGCUUGCUUAUGAUUUCCAUAACCACUCACUUGCAUAACCUGUAACAGUCCUUGCCUGGAAGAGGCAGCAUUCCAUACAGUGCCCUGCCUGAGAAAGAACAAUCAGGGCAUGAGUGUUCCCAUUACAUUUUCCCAUAGGUCAAGUAUGCAAGUCCUCCCUUAAGCUCUUUUUUCGCCAGCACAUUUCCCAAAAUAUCCCACCUGAGCCUUAGUCUUUUAUAACCUCACCUAUAAUGAUGGCAGGAAGAAUUUCCGCAAUAAGACUGUGAGAGAACUUGCUGAUACAGCAUUGGUUGUAAUCUCCUUCGAGACUGUAGUUCAUGAAAAAACUUAAACUAAAUGAGGGGGAAGAAAGGAGCUAGGGUUAAUUGGAGCUAGUCCUUGUUGAGGGAUUUUGUAAGUUUUAAAACAGCAAAGAGAGUCAUAUAGGCCUUGCCUAGAAAUUGGCCAGCACACUAUCCGUCUAGGUCCUAGGGAGACAGGAAAGGGAUUUUUAAAGCCCAGUUUUCUAGUCUCAUUUUGUUCAAGUCAAGGUCGAUAAAUAUCUUGUUCUAGUAAUUGCCUAAUAUAUUAGACAUUAAAAUGUUGGGGAAACGUAAGCGUGUGGUGUUGACAAUUAAGGACAAGCUUGACAUUAUUAAGAAACUUGAGGAAGGCAUCUCUUUCAAAAAACUUUCUGUGGUGUAUGGAAUUGGUGAAUCCACAGUUCGCGACAUUAAAAAGAAUAAAGAUAGGAUAAUAAACUAUGCAAACAACUCAGAUCCUACAAGUGGGGUAUCCAGACGUAAAUCUAUGAAGUCGUCAACAUAUGAGGAACUUGAUAGAGUUAUGAUAGAGUGGUUUAACCAACAGAAAACAGAUGGGAUUCCCGUGUCUGGAGCAAUUUGUGCAAAACAAGCGAAGUUCUUUUUUGACGCUUUAGGGAUGGAAGGUGAUUUCAGUGCAUCCUCUGGCUGGCUAACUCGAUUUAAGCAGCGCCAUGGUAUUCCAAAGGCUGCUAGUCAAGGGACAAAAUUAAAAGGAGAUGAAACUGCUGCCAGUGAAUUUUGUGGUAACUUUCAGGAAUUUAUUGAAAGAGAGAAUCUACAACCAGAGCAAAUUUAUGGUGCUGACCAAACUGGGCUGUUCUGGAAAUGUUUACCAUCCAGGACAUUAGUUCUUGAAACUAACCAAAAUACUUCUGGUUAUAGGUCAAGCAGAGAGAGGAUCAUUAUUAUGUGUUGUGCAAAUGCCACAGGUUUACACAAGCUUAAUCUUUGUGUUGUGGGAAAAGCAAAAAGGCCCCGUGCAUUCAAAGGAGCUGAUCUUUCAAACUUUCCUGUCACUUAUUUCAGUCAGAAAAGCGCAUGGAUAGAACAUUCAGUUUUCAGACAGUGGUUUGAAAAAUACUUUGUGCCACAGGUACAGAAGCAUUUGAAAUCCAAGGGGCUUCUAGAAAAAGCAGUGCUGCUUUUGGAUUUCCCUCCAGCACAUCCACAGGAAGAAUCGCUGAGUUCAGAUGAUGGCAGAAUAAUUGUGAAAUAUCUGCCACCAAACGUCACAAGUCUAAUUCAACCUAUGAACCAGGGAGUUCUAGCCAUGGUAAAAAGAUACUACCGAGCAGGGCUUCUCCAGAAGUACAUGGAUGAAGGAAUUGAUCCAAAAAUGUUUUGGAAGAACUUGACAGUGUUGGAUGCAAUUUAUGAAGUAUCAAGAGCUUGGAACAUGGUGAAAUCAAGUACCAUAACCAAAGCUUGGAAAAAACUUUUACCUGGCAAUGAAGAGAAUUCAGGUCUGAACAUGGAUGAAGGAGCCAUUUUAGCAGCUAAUUUAGCAACGGUUUUACAGAAUACAGAAGGCUGUGAACACGUUGACAUUGAGAAUAUUGACCAGUGGUUUGACUCUCAGAGUAGUGAUUCAAGCUGUCAGGUGCUAAGUGACAGUGAAGGUGUUGAGGACCAGUCCAAGCCUGCUGAGCAAAAGCCUCCCAGCAAGACCAGGAAAAGAGAAGUGAAUCCAGAGAGGCACAUUAGCCAUAAAGCUGCACUUGAAUGGACUGAAAAUUUACUGGAUUAUCUAGAACAACAAGAUGACAUGCUUCUGUCUGAUAAACUGGUAUUACGGAGGCUGCGAACGAUAAUAAGAAGAAAGCAGAAGAUCCACAUUAACAAAAAUCGUUAAUAAUGCUCUGAAGGGUUUCAGAGUAUUUGCAUCUUUGUGACUUUAUCUGCAGUGGAACUUAAUUAUCUUGCUUGAAGUGCUAUGGGUUUGAAGGCCAAAUACAUUUUAUAAAUGAUUUUAGGAUAAGAUGCCAUUUUGGAUUACUUAAAUUACUGCUCUUUAAUGUCAAUUCUAGUAAGUGAGCAUUGACAUGUAACUUGUCUGUCUUUUGUUUCUAAUCUAUGUUCUACUAAUUAGAUCAGUGGUCGGCAAACUGCGGCUCGCGAGCCACCUGCGGCUCUUUGGCCCCUUGAGUGUGGCUCUUUCACAAAAUACCAUGGCCUGGGCGAGUCUAUUUUGAAGAAGUGGCAUUAGAAGAAGUUUAAGUUUAAAAAAUUUGGCUCUCAAAAGAAAUUUCAAUCGUUGUACUGCUGAUAUUUGGCUCUGUUGACUAAUGAGUUUGCCGACCACGAAAUUAGAUCAUAAGGUUCCUGAGGCCAGGGACCUUGUGUCUGUUUUGUGCCUGAAUUUCGUUGUGUCUAAUGACCAUGCACACUAUCGGCAAUCAAUAAAUCUGACUUAAAAUCAAUUUUUAUGACUUUCUAUGAACUUCAGUUUCCAAAUUGAAAUAUGUGCCCAGCUGGUGUGUCUCGGUGGUUGAAUACUGGUUAAUCUAUGGAACAGGAGGUCAGGGUUUGAUUCCCGGUCAGGGCACAAGCCCAGGUUGCAGGCUCCAUCCCCAUUGGGGGUGUGCAGGAGGCAGGCGAUCAAUGAUUCUCUCAUUGCUGAUGUUUCUGUCUCUCUCUCC